CUUUGAUUGCAUGGUUAUGUCCACCAUCUUGAACUUUUUGACCUCCUCUCUGCAGAUCCCCCUGGCCUAUAGUCUUGAGAAUGACAUGGGAAGGAAUGUUGACCAACUCAUAACAAUAUAUUUUCACCUCCUUCAGGCAAAGAGAGCAGACGUGAUGCACCACCUCCGUGGGGGCAUUGCUUAUCCACUUCUUGCCUUCCCAUCCCUGGGAUACAGCAUGCAGCCCCCUCAACAAAGACCAGAGUGUUAUGCUUUACUUUCAGCGCCUGGGACUCAACCCUCUGCUUUCGGCAAGGUCCUCACGACAGACCACUUGGCAGGUCUGUUGCUGGACCUGCCCUAUGGACUCUCCCAGAAACGGCGGCGGAGCCGUACAGCUUUCACUGAAGAGCAGUUGGAGGCCCUGGAGAACACUUUCAAAGAGACCCAUUACCCAGAUGUGAACACUAGGGAGCGCCUGGCUGUGUUUGCCAACCUACCUGAAGCAAGAGUUCAGGUCUGGUUCAAAAAUCGCCGAGCAAAAUUCCGCAAGGGCCAACCUGGGCUGGUAAAGAAGUCAAGGUCAGCUGCAUUCCUGGAGACCAAUGGGGGAGGCAAAAGACGAGAUGCAAAAGAAUGGUGCCGGGUGAAGAUGUCUUGGGUCCAGCCAGCAUUUAUGCCCAGCGCACUGGAAAGAAAACAGCGUGUGGUGUCCAUUACGAAAGAGAGCAUGACUGCCUUUCCAUGCUAUUUCAUAGGGGACGCUUCGACAUCUCCUGGCAGUUCUCGUCCUCUUGACCCCACAUCGCUCCACAGAGAGCCCCAGACAAGGCAGGAUUUAGGGUUGUGCUAUGGGUCAGCCUGGCCCUUGCCGGCUUAUUGGCUGGCCGCAUAGAUGCAAACGCCCAUCUUCCAAGGUGUCUGUAGACUUAAUCCCUCCCCAUCAGCUGUGGGGCCUGGCCUUCAACAUCCUUAGAUUUGCCAUUAAGUAAUAGAUACAGCUGUUCAUACCCACAAAGAAAAAUGAGAAAGGCAGAUUACAAUAACCAAAGGUGGUGGUUUUGAAAUACCAUCUGUGCAAGGGAAAGCUACAGCAGUCUUUCCCAACCUGCAGUCAUCUGGAUGUGUGGGCUAGAAGAUGGGUUGGAAUUGCUGUUCCUUCACAUCUGGAUCGAGAUGCCCAAGAGUAUGCACCAUCCGACCUGGGAGGAGUCCCUUCGUGAAUCCCUUCCUGGUGGCAGUGGCAACCAUUCGCCCUCUGAUCAGCCAACUAACCUGCCAUCCUAUAAAGAUGGCUCGGAGAGAAACCUUGGGGUGUGGGUUUGCCAGAUCCAGAAAGACAGACACCCUGCAAGACUUUAAGUGGUCAUUUGAAUCACACAUAUAAGAAUGAGAACUUAAUGAGAGUAUACAGCACAGUAUUAACUGGGAAGGUUGCAAAUGGCAAUCACAUGACCCUGGAACACUGCGACUGUCAUAAGCGUGAGUCAGCUGCCAAGUACCUGAAUUCUGAUCACAUGACUGCAGGGAAGCUGUGAUGGUCGUAAGUGUGAGGACUGGUCGUAAGUCACUUUUUCCAGCACCAUUGUAACUUUGAACAGUUACUAAAUGAAUGGUUGUAAGUUGA